UCCGGUCCUCUGUCAAGAUGCUUCUGGCCACGGUCCUUACUUCUGCGCUGCUCCUCUGCUCCGUGGCCAGCCAGGGGUGUCCAACGUCAGUGGGCAUCAGGGAUAUCAACUACCUUAUCGACAAGAUGCAGGAAGAUCCAUCUUCGAAGUGCAACUGCAGAGCUAAUGUGACCAGUUGUCUCUGCCUGCCCAUUCCUUCUGACAACUGCACCAGACCAUGCUUCAAGGAGGGACUGUUUCAGAUGACCAAUACCACAGUGCAAACAAGAUACUCACUGAUUUUCAGUCGGGUGAAAAAAUCAGUUGAAGUACUAGAGAACAAGAAGUGUCCAUAUUUCUCCUGUGAACAGCCAUGCAACCAAACCGUGGCAGGCAACGUGCUGACAUUUCUGAAGAGUCUCCUGGAAGUUUUCCAGAAAGAAAAGAUGAGAGGAAUGGGAGGCAAAAUAUGAAGAUGAAAUAUUAUUUAUUCUAUUUAUUAACUUUAAAAAGCUUUCUCUUUAAGUUGCUACGAUUGAAAAGUCUAGUAAGCCAAGUCAAAAUCAGUUGCAAUCAUUUGUUUAAAAUGGUGUAUCUUUGUUUUGAAAUAAAU